CCCGGCGCCCGCUGCGUCCCCGCCCGAGGGUGCUUUUUACUCCCAGCUGGAAGGAGAGAAGGACAGGGAGGAUGGUCCAUGCCUGCUGAUCCCGAAGCCCCAGCAAAGCGCAGGUCCACCUUCGACUCCUCCGCCAACUAGUUCUGCAGCCCUUAAGGACUGAACUUUGGGGACAGCGGCCCUUUCUCGGCUUCUAAGAUUAUUGGAGGUAGAGGGUGGAAAGAGAAGCGGAGGCAGGCGACCUGGGCACAAUGCUGCUGAAGAAGCACGCAGGGAAAGGAGGGGGACGGGAGCCUGGAUCCGAAGAUCAGCGCCCCUCGGAAAAGCGGUGUGCGGGCGUCAUGCCCUGGUGCGCGGCCCUGGCCACCCUCCUAUCAGUGGUUGCCUUGGUUUCUUGUUUGUACCUUGGGGUGAAAACCAACGACCUCCAGGCAAGGAUUGCCGCUCUUGAAUCCGCUAAAGGGACACCUUCCAUUCGUCCACUACCUGACGCUCUGGAUGAGCUGAACGCCAUAGUUCGAGAGAAAGUGGAGCGCCUCCUGGCUCAGAAAUCCUAUGAACAUAUGGCUAAAAUAAGAAUCGCAAGAGGAGCACCCUCCGAGUGCAACUGUCCAGCAGGUCCUCCAGGGAAGCGAGGGAAAAGGGGCCGAAGAGGAGAGUCUGGUCCUCCUGGUCAGCCUGGUCCUCAGGGCCCCCCUGGUCCAAAGGGUGAUAAGGGAGAACAAGGUGACCAGGGGCCACGGAUGGUGUUUCCUAAAAUCAAUCAUGGCUUUCUCUCUGCUGAUCAGCAGCUCAUUAAACGCCGCCUGAUUAAGGGUGACCAAGGACAGGCGGGGCCUCCAGGACCUCCAGGUCCUCCCGGUCCAAGAGGCCCACCUGGGGACACAGGGAAGGAUGGUCCCCGUGGAAUGCCAGGAGUGCCCGGUGAACCAGGAAAGCCAGGGGAACAAGGUUUGAUGGGACCUCUGGGGCCUCCAGGACAAAAGGGUUCUGUUGGAGCCACCGGAAUUCCAGGGAUGGAUGGACAAAAGGGUGAGCCUGGAUCUCCUGGAACAGCAGGACAGAGUGGAUUACCAGGGCCAAAGGGAGAGCCUGGAGAACAAGGAGAAAAGGGAGAUGCUGGAGAAAAUGGCCCCAAAGGUGAUGCAGGUGAAAAGGGUGACCCUGGAUCAUCUGCUGCAGGAAUUAAGGGAGAACCUGGAGAGUCUGGUCGUCCGGGGCAAAAGGGUGAACCAGGGCUUCCUGGGCUUCCUGGACUGCCGGGGAUAAAGGGAGAACCAGGUUUCAUUGGUCCUCAAGGGGAGCCGGGCCUACCAGGGUUACCAGGAACAAAAGGCGAACGCGGUGAGGCCGGGCCUCCUGGAAGAGGUGAACGAGGGGAUCCUGGAGCCCCUGGACCAAAGGGGAAGCAAGGUGAAGCAGGAGCUAGAGGUCCAAAGGGGUCAAAGGGUGACCGUGGAGACAAGGGGGACUCCGGAGCUCUGGGACCAAGGGGUCCACCCGGGCAAAAGGGAGAUCCAGGAGCCACUGAGAUCAUAGACUACAACGGCAACCUCCAUGAGGCCUUACAGAGGAUUACCACCUUAACUGUCACGGGCCCCCCUGGACCUCCUGGACCUCAGGGACUACAAGGACCAAAGGGUGAGCAGGGAUCUCCAGGAAUCCCCGGAGUUGAUGGAGAACAGGGACUUAAAGGCUCAAAAGGAGACAUGGGAGACCCAGGCAUGCCAGGUGAAAAAGGAGGAAUUGGACUUCCUGGAUUACCGGGUGCCAAUGGAGUAAAAGGAGAAAAAGGAGACUCCGGUUUGCCGGGUCCUCAGGGUCCUUCUAUCAUAGGCCCACCAGGCCCUCCAGGUCCCCAUGGCCCACCCGGACCCAUGGGGCCCCAUGGACUUCCUGGACCAAAGGGAGCAUCUGGCUUAGACGGAAAGCCAGGAUCCCGGGGUGCAGAUGGUCCUGUGGGACCCCAUGGCCCUGCAGGUCCCAAGGGAGAAAGAGGAGAGAAAGGAGCUAUGGGAGAGCCUGGACCCAGAGGGCCUUAUGGCCUGCCUGGCAAAGAUGGAGAGCCUGGUCUUGAUGGCUUCCCUGGUCCUCGAGGCGAGAAAGGUGACCUAGGAGAAAAAGGAGAAAAGGGAUUCCGUGGCGUUAAGGGGGAAAAAGGGGAGCCAGGCCAGCCUGGCCUGGAUGGGCUGGAUGCCCCUUGCCAAUUGGGGCCUGACGGAUUACCCAUGCCUGGCUGUUGGCAAAAGUGAUGAAUCUAACCCUCCAAGCAUGAAGUUGUGUAUAUAAUGGUCCACUUUUUAUAUUUAUAGUUGAAAGCGGAAUUACAGAUUUUGCAAGUCUGAGAUAUGUUUACGUAGAGCUGCUUCUCCCUGUUCACAGUAGUACACAUGUCCAUCUUUUCUCACAUCUGAACUUAGCCAAUUUAUCUAAGUGAGGAGCCUGCAGAAAAUAUAGAUCAGUAUCUAUAUCUUAUUGUGUGAAUACAUAUUUAUAUGGCCAUCAGCAAUAGAGAAUAAUUGCUCUUGCUAUUUUCCUGUUUGGGGCUUGUUAAUUGCAUGGACAAAAAGUGCCAUGAAAUAGUUUACAUGAAAUUGUGACCAAAUAUGGACUCAGAGUAUGAACAUGUGCCAUACUGACUGAUGGGUUUAUUCCCUAGUCUGAUCCAUUCUAACCACCAUGUACUGAAACUGACUAACAGAGCAUGGCCUUGUGCCCAGCCUGCUUGUUGUGUGGCUUCAGAUGUUAGCAUGCUGCUUAGUGUGUUCUCUGAUUCCAUCUGAGUUUUUAUUCCUUUUGUCAUCUCAAGGGGGUUACACCGUGGCUUAUUGCCAAAAAGAGAUAAGUCAGUGGAGAGCGCACACACAGUUGGUCUUGAAUUUUGAGGGAGCUGCGGUCCCCCGACUGCAGGUGCACAGCUCCUGGUAUUGUGGGCUCGUGUGACCACCCUGGUUCAAAUACCUAGGGGUUGAGCCGAUGGCUGCCGCUAGUUUUCCUUGGGCUGCUCUUGGCAGUGAAGACAGGAGAAGAGGACCGGUUCAGCAUCCUGCACUGUCUUUCAUGUGGCCAAGUUGGAAAGAGGUUUACAAGUGCAAACACCCAGGACAGCAAUUGGUUUUUUUCCUAAAUAAACUGACUUCCAGUAAGUGUUGAUCUGGGUGCUUUUUGAAAAGGACAGAGGCAUUCAACACUGUCUUGGAGACAGGAGAGCCUUGGAGCAGCAGCCGCUGUUCCUGAAAACAAAGGUGUGGACAUCCCAUCGGAGCCCUGAUUGCUGAGGAAAGAAGCCGUCUCAAGAAGGGACCAGCCAAAAUAACCUCUGUGACAGAUGCAGGGGCGUUGCCAGGACUGUCUCCACUGAAGCCUGUGGGAAAGCGUUCCUUCCCAGGUUGAGCCCAUACCAAACACAUUCUACAAGUUCCAGAAACAAAAAGAUACUUUUCGUUCUUUCUCCUGUUUCUUUCUUUCUUUGAGUCCAGGAACAGUAAGAAAAUACUUACUUCUGUUUUGGUCUCAUUGGUUUUUAAACAAUGUUUUUAUGUUACUUUUUCAGAUCAUAAUAAUUUGAUACCAAUAGUCAAAAUAACCUUUGGUUAACACCUUUUUUGUUUUAGAUAACUGAAGAGAACAUAAAAGAACCUUCAUUCUUGCUUAAUCAUUGUAAAGUAUGAAGGUGAAGCAUUUUCACUUAUUUUUGAUUUUACAUGGCAAAUGUAACAUACAAGAACCCCAUGUAAAGUUAAGAUUUUAUCAAAUUUGAUAGCACGAACUCAUUUCUAUUUUUAUAAUUUUUUUCUAUACUUAAAUUUUUCACAUUUUGCUUUUACAUUUCUAAAUGUUUGUCUUAAACACAGACCAAAUCUGAGAUCUCAGAAAGCUGUGAAAUAUGGUUGCCCAUUUAAAAAAAAAAAAAGAGUAGGUUUUUUUUU